ACCUGAGGUGUACAGUCAGUGGCUUCAGCAUUGAUUGAUGAUGGUCUCUUGAGAAUAUUAUAGAAGUGUUCACCACAUCUCUCCAGCCCAUGUCCUUAUCACUAAUCAAUGUGGUUCCAUCAGCACUGAGUAGCUGAGAUGCACCAUAGGUCUUUGACUCAUAGAUAACCUUCAGGGCAUCAUAAAAGCACUUUGGAUUGUUACUAUCAGUGUAAAACUGAAUUUCAUCUGACUUCUUUCUGAGCAAAGAAUUCUGCAUCUCUCUAAGCUUCACUUGCACUUUGCUUUGGAUGGAGUUAAACCUGCCUUCUUAUAGAUAGAUGAACUAUCCUGUUGGCAAAACCUGUGGAGUUCUCCUUUUUCAUUUAUCAGUUUCUGAAUUUCCCCCUUAUUUUUGUCAAACCAAUCUUGACAGUUGCAAGUGUUCUGGCCCAGAUGAGUAAAUGCUACUGCAUUUACUGUACCCUGAAAUCUACCUAUUGCUUUUCUGCUCCACUUUUGCCAACUGUGUGUUGGCUCAGCUUUCCCUCCAAGUUAGCAAUAAAUUGUUCCCCCUGGGAGAAGCACUCUAAUCUGCUGACAUUAAGUCUUCUGAUAUUCAUCUUGCCUCGAGGCUGACACUUUUGUUCAAUGUGAAAUGUUUAACUUGGAGAGGAUAAAUCUAUGAUCAUCCAAGCACUCUGUGCCAUACAUCACCUUUGUCACUCUCACAUCCUAUCUAUUUUUUCCCCUUACAAUGAUAUAGUCUAUUAAAUGACAAUGUUUGCUGUGAGGGUACAUACACAAAGUUUUAUUGCUUUUAGGCAAAUGGAAGAUGGUGUUGGUGAUGAGAAUGUCAUAAGACCCACAAGUCUUCAGUAGUAAGUGACUGUUGCUAUUUCUGACUCCAUUCCUCCCAAAGACACUUUGCCAUGUCUAAUAGCAUGUGCCUACUCUGGCAUUAAAGUCAGUCAGAAUUAUAAACUUGUGCUCUUUUGGCACAUUGAUGAUGAGGGUCUCCAUGUCUUCAUAAAUUUUUUUUUGACCUCAUCUGGGUUUGUCAGGGAGGGAGCAUAUGUACUGAUGAUAGUGGCAUGGCACUUUCCUGAAAAGGGCACAUUGUCAUCAUAAUGUUGUUCACUCCUUUUGACAAUAAGCUUAAUGACUAGAUUAGUUUUCAUCACAAAACCUAUGCCAGUUAACACAGUGAAUUCAGACAGAUCUUUUAACCUCUCUGUAACCCCCUAGAUAACUGUUUAAUAUGAUAAAUUGUCAAGGAGCUAUUGUGCUGUACUGGUAGAAGGAGUUUCAUUUCUGGGAAUUCCCAUUAAAGGGAAUUCCGUUUAAAUUCAAGGAUUAGGACCAAAAGAAGAUCGUCUUUAGGACACUUCAUUGUGUACUAGACUAUAAGUACCACAAAGGAGAUCAAGUCCAAACAUUUCAGUUUGGCAAAUGCCUUAUAUUUUGCUCUGCACACAGUAGGCCCUUAAUAAAUGUUUAUUGAAUUUCUACAACUAGAGAGAAAGGCUCCAGAUAGUGAUGAGAGAUAUUUCUUUGUUUGAGCACUCUUCUGACAUUGCCUAAGAAAAGACUCAACAUCCCUUAGGUGUUUUGUAAGCAAGUGUUAAUUGCCUGACUGCCACAAGAAUAAAGAAUAUAGAGACUAUAUUCUCUGAACUCAGGAUAGACAUAGAGUUGGUCCAAGGAAGUCGGCCCAACCUAACACGGGCUGUUGAUCUUGGAAAUUCGCAUUUCAGAAUUAUUAAUUUUUUGUUGGCAAAAAGCACAUUAUUAAUCUGUCCUUAGGAUUUUUGGCUAGCAGUUACUCAUUGGCUAGUGACUCUGAAUAAAUUAGACUUUGAGGUAUUCAGAUUCCCUUAGUGCCACAUCAUCAGGAACCCCACCAAAGAAUGGGGUAUAAAGGCAACUGUCCAGAGAGCCCAGAGUAUUCAUCAGAAUCCUCAGACAUUCAGCUGCUGCUGAAGCAUCAGAGAAAAAUCCUGAGAAUAUGAAGAUCUUACUGCUGACUGUGGGGCUGGCUUUAGUCUGUGGCCUCCAGGCCCUCAAAAACAACAUAGAAGACACAUCAAAGAUUCUUGGAGAGCGGUUCACUGUUGCAUUGACCUCAAAUGUGACAGCUAAAAUUGAGGAAGGAGGUAGCUUAAAGCUAUUUGUCAAAAGCACCAAUAAACAUGGUGGCGUUUUCACUGGAGUCUUCUUCAAAAGGGAAAAUGGCAAAUGCAUUCAAUUUUCUUUGACUGCUUUCAAAGGAGAUGAUGAUCAAAUGUGUUUUUACUAUGAUGGACUGAAUGAUUUCUCCCUUCAAAGUAGCAAUUCUAAACAUGCUAUGUAUAUCUUGCAUAAUGUCCACAAUGGGAAAAUGAUCAUUUGGGCAGUACUCUAUGGUAGGACUCCAGACCUGCCAGAUGAAAUAAAGCAGAAAUUUGAGGAAAUGUGUGAAAGAUUUGGAAUUAGGAAGGAUCAAAUUAGAGACCUGUCCAAUGAUGAUCGAUGUGAGAAACUUAGGUAAGGAACCUCAUCCUGGCAUGCAGG